AAGCAUUGGCCGACUUCGCGGUUAAAUGAAGAAGUACAGAAAAAUCGGUAAAAAAUAAAGAGAAUUAGAGAAAUUUUCAAGCCAAGUCAGACGAGCGACGACGUGUGAACUGGACAACGGUUGUUUCUCCACAUCUGCCACGUCGCGGAUCCACGGCGAGCAGACUCGUGCCCGGUUCCCACGAGAUUUGAUAUGGAUGUAGACCCAAACGAAAACAGCAGAGACACCGACCUGUGCGAAACGAACGCCCAACGAUUGAUCGCCGAGAGCGGUGCCCGAUGUAUGAGCACGCAAGCGAUGCAAUCGCUCUAUGACUUCCGGCAGAACAACCUUCUCUGCGACGCGGUCUUGAGGCUCGAGGAUGGAGGCGUUUUCCCCAUUCACCGCGCCAUUUUGUCGGCUUGCAGCCCGUACUUCAGAACGUUAUUCACGACGACGUUGCACUCGCGCGAGAAAACGGACGUGCUUCUGCCCGGUGUCAGUAGCAACAUGAUGAACCUGCUCCUCGAGUACGCUUACCUCCGCUCCAUCAACGUGAACAACGAAAACGUCUGUCAGCUGCUGGUCACCGCCGAUUACCUGAACAUCUUGGGCGUGUUAGAUUUCUGCUGCGAGUAUCUCAAGCAAAGUCUCGCGCCGGAGAAUUGCAUCAGCAUCAUGAGGUUCGCCAGGGAACACUUUUGCAAAGGAUUGGAGAGCAACGCGUAUCGUUACGUCAUGAGACAUUUUGUACAGGUCAUUACGCUUUCUCAGCAAUACUGGUUCUCGCGAAAUGCUCAACGAAGCGAGGAGAUCCUCGACUUGCCGAUCGAAGAGCUAACCACGCUGAUCGGUGCCGACGAGCUGAACGUGAAAAGCGAGGACACGGUGUGGGAUCUGGUGUUGAAAUGGAUCAACUGCGAUCCACAAUCGCGGAAGGAGUACAUCGUCGACCUGAUGAAGAACAUUCGCCUGGGCCUGCUGGACACGCAGUUCUUCCUCGAGAACGUGAAGGAUCACCCGUACGUUACUGGCAACGACGCUUGCCGGCCGAUCAUCAUCGAGACUCUCAAGUUCCUCUACGAUCUGGAGAUCAUCACGCAAAAGGACGGCGAAGUACCGACGCCGAAAAUAGCGCGGCCCAGGGUCCCACACGAGAUACUGUUCGCGAUAGGUGGAUGGAGCGGCCGAAGUCCAACGAAUUUCAUAGAAACGUACGACACUCGAGCGGAUCGCUGGGUCAAGCACCGUGUUAGAUUAUCGAUCGUACGAAUUUCCGGGAUGAUCUCGGGGGAAAAAUCGACAAAGGUGGAGGAGGUGGAUCCGAUCGGGCCGCGUGCGUAUCACGGGACAGCGGUGGUCAGCUUUAACAUUUACGUGAUCGGCGGCUUCGACGGCGCGGACUACUUCAACAGCUGUCGUUGCUUCAACGCUGUUACCAAAACGUGGAGGGAAGUGGCGCCGAUGAACGCCCGAAGGUGUUACGUUAGCGUGGCGGUGCUCAACGAUCUGAUCUACGCGAUGGGAGGAUACGACGGAUAUUAUCGGCAGAGCACCGCGGAACGUUACAACUACAAGACGAACCAAUGGUCCUUGAUAGCGCCCAUGAAUUGUCAAAGAUCGGACGCCAGUGCAACUACUUUGAAUGACAAAAUUUACAUCACGGGCGGAUUCAAUGGCCAUGAGUGUUUAAAUUCAGCCGAGGUGUACGAUCCAGAGACCAAUCAAUGGACCAUGAUAGCACCGAUGAGAUCGCGCAGAAGCGGAGUGUCCUGCAUAGCUUAUCACGGCAACGUAUACGUUAUCGGAGGCUUCAACGGGAUAUCAAGGAUGUGCAGCGGCGAGAAAUACAAUCCGACGACGGACAUUUGGAGCCCGAUUCCCGACAUGUACAACUCGCGCAGCAACUUCGCGAUCGAGGUGAUCGACGACAUGAUUUUCGCCAUCGGUGGAUUCAACGGCGUUACCACGAUCUAUCACGUCGAGUGUUACGACGAGAAAACGAACGAGUGGUACGAAGCGACAGACAUGAACGUGUACCGUUCGGCGCUGUCAGCCUGCGUGAUCAUGGGUUUGCCAAAUAUAAACGACUACAUCCAUAAACACCGUGAACGUUUGAUGGAAGAGAAACGACAGAAACUGUUGGCACUGGAAGUGCACCGCAGUCAGCAUCAGCCUCAGCAAGACCAAAUGCAGCAGAACAGCGAGAAUUCCUUGAGCAACGAAAUACCCGUGCCACCUCCAAUGCCUCCAAAUAACAGUUCCAGCAACGAGAAUCGACGAAAUUGA